UGGCAUUGCUGGGGGGCAAAGGCAGCGGAGAUGCAUCGGCGACGGGGGAUGGCAAGAGCACGCGGUUCCUGAUCAGCAACUUCGGGCUGCCGGGCCCCGUGCCAUGGGAGUGGAUCCGCGAGAGCGUGCAGCAGAAGUUUACGCUGGACGGCCACGUGCAGGUGAUCAACCAGUUUCUGAACAAGGACGCGGCAGACUCGGGCGCCAACGCGUACGAGUGGACAACCAGCCGCAUCGACCAGCAGGCCGCCAUGGCCCGGCGCCGCGACACGGGCUUCGGGUCGUACGGGCCGAACGUGACGGGGUCGUUUUACUCGGCGUUUGAGAAGUACCCGCUGGCUGAGAAGAGUGUGCUGGUGGUGGGCAGCCAGUGGCCGUGGGUGGAGGCGAUCUGCCUGGGCUUCGAUGCACACGCCAUCACGACGGUGGACUUCAACCGGCCCGUGGCGUCCCAUCCGAAGCUGCGGCAGCUGGUGGUGGGCGAGCUGGAGGGCAGCAGCGAGACGUGGGACGCCGCCGUCUCCUUCUCCUCGCUCGAGCAUGAUGGGCUCGGCCGCUACGGCGACCCCAUCAACCCCAACGGCGACCUCCAACGCAUGCAGAAGCACUCCAGCCCUUCCUACCCUUUCACCUCCCAAUGCCACGCUGUGGGUGGUUCUUUCCAUGCACGCCCUUUUCCCGCCACUCCUGUUGUCCCUCGCCAGAUCAAGGGGUUACUGAAGCCAGGGGGGCUGCUGUUCCUGGGCGUGCCCACGGGCAACGACACGCUGGUCUUCAAUCGCCAUCGCAUCUACGGGCCCAUCCGCAUGCCGCUGCUCAUCGCAGGCUUUCACCUGCUCGACGUCUUUGGGGUUAGCAGCCUGGAACGCCUUUACCGCGAGAAUGUUAAAGCCGACAUUGUCCAACCGCUCCUUGUGCUCCGUCGUGAUUAG